AUAUAUAACUUCUAAGAAUAUGUUUGAUAAGAUUUCAACUCCUAAAUUUAACUUUAAGAGUCUUCUAAGUAUAGAUUCUCAUAUAACUUCUAAGAAUAUGUUUGAUAAGGUUCCAACGUCUAAACCAACUUCAUCUCUCUGGUUUAUUUUGUGAGAGUACUUUGAAGUUCGAACUGCCAAACAAACCCAUAAUUCAGAAACUAUUGAGUCCAGAUUGAUAACCUUUCCUAAACAUGGACUAGACUGUGAUUAGAAGCUAGAACCGAAAUAACUUUCAAGCUAAAAUUAGCUGCAGCAAUGCAGGGAAGUGAUCUGACGACCUCCCGUUCGCUAGCUUCUCCCCUGAAAACCAGGGCAGCCACCCAGAAAUUCUCCUUCGCCAUGCAGAGUUGCAGCCUUAUAAUCUCGCCGUCUCGCGUUGAAUUUGGCUAACUUAGUGUAAUAAUCGCGCAUCGAUCGAUCGAACAGCGAGCGGUGGUGGUGGUAUAUAUGGCGGCGAGCGCGCAGACGUGGGUGGUGGUGGCGGCGCUGGCGCUGGUGAUGCUGCCGCGGCGGCCGGCGGUGGUGGGGGCGGAGUCGGUGGCGGCGGCGACGGCGGAGAAGUCGAUGGGGAUCGGCGGCGCCGGGAAGCCCAAGUGCCAGCCGGGCGCCGCGACGGGGCCGUGCCGCGUCGGCGCGGUGCACGACCCGGAGAACUCGGAGGAGGAGGGGCUGUUCAGCAUGAGGGCCACCCCGCCGCCGACCGCCGCGCCGCCGGCCGACGAGGACUACUUCGACCCCGACCUCUCCAACGACGACGACCUCGUCGUCCUCGGCCACUGAAUUGAACGGCGUGUGGUUUGGUUGUGAUCGAUCGACUGAUCGGCAAUGGAUCUCAUCGGCUGGGUGCUAACUGUGGGGUUAAUUUUGUGUGUGCUUGUUGUUUGAUGAAUUUAUGAUGAAGGUAACUGAUUGUUUGUUGUUGAUUAUAUGUUAUGUGUACUAGUGGUACUAAUUAGCUAGUGUUAAUGGCUAAUUGUGAGCUUCAUACGAUUAUGUGAUCGAUUAAUCAUGCAUCUGUGUUGUGGAUUUGCCUAGUAAA